AUGGCAGCCAACGCAGAGGUCAAGCCGGUUAUUAUGAAUGAAGAGGAGCUGAAGAGGAAGCAGAGGGAGAAGCUGAAGAAGCUACAGGCCACAGGGGGAAACCCUCGACCUGCUAGAACCCUCUUCCUCUUCAACCUCAAAAAUCCCUUCCGCAAGGCCUGCAUCAGCAUCGUUGAGUGGAAAACAUUUGAGAUCAUCAUCUUGUUGACUAUAUUUGCAAACUGCAUUGCUUUGGCUGUAUUCCUGCCCAUGCCUGAAGAAGACAGUAAUAACACCAAUACAAGCUUGGAGAGUUUGGAGUACAUCUUCCUGAUCAUAUUCACGUUAGAGUGCUUUCUUAAGAUAGUGGCCUAUGGGCUCGUGUUCCAUGAAGGCGCCUAUUUACGGAACUGUUGGAACAUAUUGGACUUUGUCAUCGUCUUCAUGGGUCUCUUCACUUUUGCCUUGGAUACCAUCAAUAAGAUAGCAGGUGUGCCAAUGGAAAAGGGUGGGGGGUUCGACAUGAAGGCACUGAGAGCCUUCAGAGUGCUGCGGCCCUUACGUCUUGUCUCUGGAGUCCCCAGCCUGCAGGUGGUGAUGAAUUCCAUCCUCAAAGCCAUGCUGCCUCUACUGCACAUUGCCCUGUUGGUCUUUUUACUGGUAACCAUCUAUGCCAUCAUGGGACUGGAGCUCUUCAAGUGCAAAAUGCAUAAAACCUGCUACUAUGCUGGAACAAAUAUCUAUUCCACAGCAGAAGGUGAGCUGCCUGCACCCUGUGCUCAGGCAGGUAAUGGACGCCGCUGCACGAUCAACGGCUCUGAGUGUCGGCCAGGCUGGGAGGGUCCCAACAAUGGCAUCACCCACUUUGAUAACAUUGGCUUUGCCAUGCUUACAGUCUAUCAGUGUAUAACCAUGGAGGGAUGGACCAAAGUGCUCUACUGGGUUAAUGAUGCCAUAGGUAAUGAAUGGCCCUGGAUCUACUUUGUUCCCCUCAUUCUGGUGGGUUCCUUCUUUGUGCUCAAUCUGGUUCUGGGCGUGCUCAGUGGAGAGUUUACCAAAGAGCGAGAGAAGGCCAAGUCACGUGGAGAGUUCCAGAAGUUGCGAGAGCGUCAGCAGCUGGAUGAAGACCUGCAUGGCUACAUGGAGUGGAUCACUCAUGCUGAAGUCCUGGAUGCCGACCGAGAGGGCAAAGGACUCCUCCCGUUAAUCAGUGACUCUGAUACAGACAGCCUGUAUGACCUGGAAGGAAAGAGUCAAAUUGUCUACUACUACCGCCUGGCCCGUCGCUGGAACCGUUUCUUUAGGAUGAAGUGCCUGCUGUAUGUGAAAACCAAGAGCUUUUACUGGAUAGUGAUGUUUCUCGUCUUCCUCAACACUCUUACCAUAGCAACAGAGCACCACCACCAGUCUGACAGCCUCACUGCCCUGCAAGAUGUGGCCAGUCGUGUACUGCUAGUGCUGUUUGUCAUUGAGAUGUUUGUGAAGAUGUAUGCUCUGGGUCCCAGAGCAUAUUUCAUGUCCCUGUUUAACCGUUUUGACUUCUUUGUGGUGCUAUGCGGUAUCCUGGAGAUGAUCAUGUUCUCUGCAGGAGUCGUGACUCCCUUGGGUUUCUCUGUACUCAGGUGUAUCCGACUGCUGAGGAUCCUUAAAAUCACAAAGUACUGGACCUCUUUGAGUAAUCUUGUGGCCUCUCUACUCAAUUCUGUUCGUUCCAUCGCCUCCCUGCUCCUUCUUCUCUUCCUCUUCAUCGUCAUUUUCUCACUCCUGGGCAUGCAGGUGUUUGGGGGCAAAUUCAACUUUACUGACCACAGACCCAGACGCAGUAACUUUGACAACUUCCCUCAGGCCCUCAUCUGUGUGUUUCAGAUCCUAACAGGAGAGGACUGGACCACCAUCAUGUACAAUGGCAUUAUGGCCUAUGGAGGGCCUGUCAUUCCUGGCAUCCUGGUCUCCAUCUACUUUAUCGUCCUCUUUGUCUGUGGAAACUAUAUCCUCCUCAAUGUCUUCUUGGCCAUCGCCGUCGACAACCUGGCGGAGGCUGAGAGUCUGACGUCAGCUCAGAAAGAAAAGGCAGAGGAGAAGUUGAGGAGAAAGCUACUAAGAUCCAAAAUGCCUGACAAGACUGAUGAGGACAGGGAGAGGAUAGCUAAGAAACUGGCAGAGCAGAGAUCUAAGAUGGAGGGUAUACCAACCACAGCAAAGCUCAAAGUUGACGAGUUUGAGUCCAAUGUCAAUGAAGUGAAAGAUCCAUUCCCACCUGACGACUUCCCAGGUGAUGACGAGGAGGAAGAGCCUGAAAUCCCCAUCAGCCCUCGGCCCCGACCGAUGGCCGACCUGCAGCUGAAGGAAGAAGCCGUUCCAUUGCCUGAAGCUAGCUCCUUUUUCAUUUUUGGCCCUCAGAACAAGUUCCGUAAACUGUGCUACAAGAUUAUCAACGCCUCUUUCUUCACCAACUUAAUCCUUUUGUUCAUCCUGCUUUCCUCCAUUUCCCUGGCAGCUGAGGACCCCAUCGAUCCCAAGUCCUACAGAAACAAGAUCUUAGCCUAUGCUGACAUUGUCUUCACAACUGUGUUUACCAUUGAGAUUGUACUGAAGAUGACAGUAUACGGAGCAUUCAUGCACGAAGGCUCCUUCUGUCGUAACUCCUUCAACAUCUUGGAUCUGAUUGUGGUGACAGUCUCUCUGCUUUCUAUGGGAAUGGAAUCCAGUGCUAUCUCUGUGGUAAAGAUUCUCAGGGUGCUAAGGGUGCUGAGGCCUCUCAGAGCCAUCAAUAGAGCCAAGGGGUUAAAGCAUGUGGUCCAGUGCGUGUUUGUGGCCAUCAAAACCAUCGGCAACAUCGUCCUGGUCACCAUGUUGCUGAACUUUAUGUUUGCCUGUAUCGGAGUGCAACUUUUCAAGGGUAAAUUCUACAGCUGCACAGACCCAUCGAAAAUGACAGGGGAGGAAUGCCAGGGAUACUUUGUGAAGCACAUGGAGAAUUCCCUACAAGAAACAGUGCUGGCAAAGAGAGAAUGGAUCAACAGUGACUUCAACUUUGACAAUGUGCUCUAUGGGAUGCUGGCUCUCUUUACUGUUUCCACAUUUGAGGGAUGGCCAAAACUGUUAUACAGAGCCAUUGAUUCAGAUGAAGAAGACAUGGGUCCUGUCUUCAACAACCGAGUGGAUGUGUCCAUCUUCUUCAUCAUCUACAUCAUCCUCAUUGCCUUUUUCAUGAUGAACAUCUUUGUGGGCUUUGUCAUCGUUACUUUCCAGGAGCAGGGCGAGCAGGAGUAUAAGGACUGUGAGCUGGACAAGAACCAGCGCCAGUGUGUACAGUAUGCCCUGAAGGCUCGACCUCUGAGGUGCUACAUCCCCAAAAACCCCUACCAGUACAGAGUCUGGUAUAUUGUCACUUCCUGCUACUUUGAAUACCUCAUGUUCUUCCUAAUUAUGCUCAACACCUUGUGUCUGGGGAUGCAGCACUGUAACCAGUCGGACCAUGUCACCAAGCUGUCUGACAUGCUGAACUUGAUCUUCACCGUGCUCUUCACUGUGGAGAUGAUUCUCAAGCUCAUGGCCUUCAAAGCGAGGGGCUACUUUGGAGACCCCUGGAAUGUCUUCGACUUCAUUAUCGUCAUCGGUAGCGUUGUUGAUGUCAUCCUGAGUGAAGUCGACAGUGCCCUGGCUGCCAGUGGAGGACUGUACUGUCUCCAUGGCUGUGCUGAGACAAAUCCUAUGCAAGCAAUUGCGGCGUCUGAAAAUGCCUCAGUAUCCAUUACUUUCUUCCGACUCUUCCGUGUCAUGCGUCUGGUCAAGCUGCUGAACCGUUCAGAAGGCAUCCGUAACCUGCUGUGGACCUUCAUAAAGUCCUUCCAGGCUCUACCUCAUGUAGCUUUGCUCAUCAUAAUGCUCUUCUUUAUCUACGCUGUUAUAGGGAUGCAGAUCUUUGGAAAGGUAGCCCUAGUGGACGGCACCCAAAUCAACCGCAACAACAACUUCCAGACAUUCCCUCAGGCUGUUCUGAUGUUAUUCCGGUGUGCUACUGGAGAGGCUUGGCAGGAGGUCAUGAUGGCCUCAAUGUAUGGGAAGAAGUGUGACCCCAAGUCUGACUUUUUGCCAGGAGAGGAGUACACCUGCGGGUCCAACUUCGCUGUCUUCUAUUUCCUCAGCUUCUACUGUCUCUGUGCCUUCCUUAUCCUCAACCUGUUUGUAGCUGUCAUUAUGGACAACUUUGAUUACCUGACCCGUGAUUGGUCUCUUCUUGGUCCACACCAUCUGGAUGAGUUUAAGAAAAUCUGGGCUGAAUAUGACCCUGAAGCCACGGGUAGAAUUAAACAUCUGGACGUUGUGACGCUGCUGCGACGCAUCCAGCCUCCACUGGGCUUUGGAAAGUUCUGUCCCCAUCGUGCUGCAUGCAAGCGCUUGGUUGGUAUGAACAUGCCUCUCAACAGUGAUGGCACCGUCACCUUCAAUGCCACCCUGUUUGCGCUGGUCAGGACUGCACUUAAGAUCAAAACAGAAGGUAACUUUGAGCAGGCCAAUGAGGAGCUGAGAGCCAUUAUAAAAUCAAUCUGGAAACGCACUAGUAUGAAACUGUUAGACCAGGUCAUCCCCCCUAUAGGAGAUGAUGAGGUGACUGUAGGGAAAUUCUACUCUACCUUCCUGCUCCAGGACCAUUUCCGUAAGUUCUUGAAGCAUCAAGAGGAGUAUUAUGGCUACCGUCCCUCAAAGAAGAAUGCCUCAGGCCCGGAGAUCCAGGCGGGUCUGAGGAGUAUCGAUGAAGAGGUGGCUCCAGAGAUGCACAGGGCCAUUUCAGGAGACCUGCAGAAUGAGGAAGAGAUGGACAGAGCUAUGGAGGAGGCUGGAGAAGAAGGCAUCUACCAGCGCACACACGGCCUGUUUGGUAACCGGGUAGACUCCUCCGCUGAGCCCGUCAUCACUCAGUCCCAGCAGAUGACCAGCCAGCGGCCUCUCAAGUUCUCCGAGAGUCAGUCCGAGUCUCCACCAAACUCUGCUGACUUGGUGCCCACUACCGAAUUUUUCCCCACAACCACAACAAAAAACAACACAAACAACAACGCCUUCGCAGAAUUUUCGUUUGAUAGAGAAGGCAGUCCAGAAGAUUUUUACAAUCCCAGUGAGGAUGCAGAGCCAGGCAACCUGCAUUCCUGGAACUUUACAGUGAGAACAGACAAAACACAAUUCCCUUACGACCCUAACUAUGGUGAUAGUCAGAGCCAGAGCUCCUGUACGGCAGCCGACCAGCUUGUCCAGGAGGCUUUAGAACAGGGUGGUCUGGCCUCCCUGGCCAAAGACCCCGGCUUUCUCUCUGUGACUAAGGAGGAGAUGGCUGAUGUCAUGCACACGACUGUGGAAGAAAUGGAAAGCGUGGCUCAGGGCAUCCUCAGCAAACGCGCCAGCAGCAUCACCUCUGUCAAAAAGAGACGUCCCAUCCCUGUCCCUCUUCCUGCCGCUGCAGUGGCAGCACAGGCAACAGGCCAGCCAGAUCCGGCUGUGAGGAGAAAGAGACGUCCAAUCCCCUUGAUUCCCUCCGUACAGGAGGCCGACUCUAACGUUUAG